AUGGAAGCCGGCGAGGAUGGCGAGGAUGAGGAAUCACUCUCAUCUGCCCACGAGGUGUUUCCCGAAGAAUCUGCACCUCCGGCGCCCAAAUCGUUACCCCUCCAAUCCGCGGGCGGAUCAACAGCUAUGGGUCGCGAAGACCAGAUUGAGGAGCGUGAAGUGCUCGAUUCAAUCUUCCCUGAUGAAAUUACCGACAUAUCCGAAACCUCGUACCGUGUAUCCAUAACUCUCGAUGCGCUCGAAUAUGACGGGGAUGAAUCAGAACAACCCGUCAUAUGCCUGGAAGUCGCCUACCCGGAAGAAUACCCCGAUGUUGGCCCAAAUCUCACCAUUUCCUCCCCACCCAAUGCUGUGAAGCAUCCUCGGCUAGAUGUCCAGGAAGACCGGGACCUACUGAUGGAAUCCCUUCAGCCCACUAUCGAGGAGAACCUGGGAAUGCCGAUGAUAUUCACACUGGUCAGCGCACUUAAGGAAAGCGCAGAGCAGCUUAUGACCGAGCGAGCAGACGCCAUUCAAGCCGAGAUGGACCAAGUCGCCGCGAAGAGAGAGGAGGAGGAGAACCGAAAAUUCCACGGUACACCAGUCACUGUCCAGUCCUUCUUGGAGUGGCAUGCGAAGUUCAAAAAGGAGAUGGAGGACGAGGAGCUUCGGCUACGCGAAGAAAAGGAAUCGGAGGACAAGAAGAAAAAGACCACGAAAGAGGAGAAAAAGCUCACAGGCCGACAACUGUGGGAGAGGGGCUUGGCCAAGGGUGAUUAUGACGAGGAAGAGGAGGAUGCCUUGCCAGCUGUUGAGAAGCUCAAAGUGGCUGCAUGA